UAAAUGCCUCACCAGACCAGUCUGGCAGUUGCACUUGGAGUUGCCUCGCUAGAGCAGAUGUCUGUCAGCAGGAGGGUCGCCUUUGCAAUAUGCAUGUUAACAAUAAGUAUCGUGACAGCUGGGCCCACUCCCAGUUAUGACCAAAAGGAAAAGCGGAGGAGUGACAGUCUAUCACCCAUAGACUGCAGAAUGAGCCCUUGGAGCGAGUGGUCGGAAUGUGACCCUUGCCUGAAACAAAUGUUUCGUUCAAGGAGAAUUGAGGCUUUUGGACAAUUUAAUGGGAAAAACUGCCUGGACAGCGUGGGAGACAGACAACAGUGUGUACCCACUAAGCCCUGUGAAGACGCUGAGGAUGACUGUGGAAAUGACUUUGAAUGUGGUACAGGCAGGUGCAUAAAGAGGCGACUUCUGUGUAAUGGCGACAAUGACUGCGGAGACUUUUCAGAUGAGGAUGAUUGUGAAGAUGAUCCCCGUCCCCCUUGCCGCAACAAAGUGGUGGAAGAGUCUGAGAUGGCACGGACAGCAGGCUAUGGGAUCAAUAUCUUAGGGAUGAAUCCCCUAACCACCCCUUUUGACAAUGAAUAUUACAAUGGACUCUGUGACCGCGUUCGGGAUGGCAACACCUUGACCUACUACCGAAAACCCUGGAAUGUGGCUACUCUAGCCUUUGAAACAAGAGCCGACAAAAGUUUCAAAACUGAACAUUAUGAAGAAAAAACUGAAGCAUUCAAAACUGUCAUACAAGGGACAAUAUCAACAUUUAAUGCAGAUCUAUCUCUAAAAUUCACACCUACCGAAAAACUUGGACGUACACCUAAAAUAGAGUUUGAAGGGCAAAAUACUUCCAACUCAGGUGCUGAGAGUGGAUUUCGAUUUACAUAUGCGAAAAGAGAUAUUUACCAACUGUUCUUGUCACAUUCUUCUAUCAAGGAAAAAAUAUUUCUGCGUGUGAAAGGAACAGUUGAUCUGGGAAGAUUUGUGAUGAGAAGUCGGGGUAUCAUGCUGACAUCAACUUUCUUGGAUGAUAUAAAAGCUCUGCCAGCUACCUAUGAAAAGGGGGAAUAUUUUGCAUUUUUGGAAAACUAUGGAACCCAUUACAGUAGCUCUGGAUCUCUGGGAGGACUCUAUGAACUAGUAUAUGUUUUGGAUAAAGCUUCCAUGAAGGAGAAAGGUGUUGAACUAAACGAUGUACUGAAAUGCCUCGGGUUUAAUAUGAACUUAUCUGCGAAUUUUGGAAUUGAAAUCAAAGGACAUAUAGAUGCAGAUGAUUGUGUAAUAAGGGGUAAAGGUAAACAUGUAAACAUCACCAGGGAUAACCUCAUAGAUGACGUUAUUUCACUCAUAAGAGGAGGAACCAAAAAAUAUGCAUUUGAGUUGAAAGAGAAGCUUCUCAAAGGGGCCAAGAAGAUUGAUGUGACUGACUUUGUAAAUUGGGCCUCCUCCUUAACUGAUGCUCCAAUACUCAUAAAUCCAAGGCUGUCUCCUAUAUAUAACCUGAUUCCAGUGACAAUGAAAGAUGCACACGUAAAGAAACAAAAUGUGGAAAGAGCCAUUGAGGAUUAUAUCAAUGAAUUCAGUACAACAAAAUGCCACCCAUGCCAAAAUGGGGGUUCUGUGUUUCUGCUGGAUGGACAAUGUUUGUGUACCUGCCCAAUCACACACACGGGAAUUGCCUGUGAAAUCAAUAAACAAACAUCACUUUCAAAAUUGCCAAGCAAAGAAGAAUAGAGUUGCUGGCUUCCCUGGGAUCACAUGGAAGGAAAAACAUCAGGAAGAAAGAAAGAAAGAAAAAAAA